AGAAAAAAGUUAGAGAAAAACAAAAGAAGAAGAAAAACAUCGGCAACAACAUGGCGGCUGAAGCCCCGCCUCGGACCCUCCGCUGACUGCGGGCCGGCGGGGAGCGUCUGUCCGCGCGGAGCAGCGUGAGGCUGCCCGGACUGUCCGCCCGGACUGCCCGGACCAACAUGGCCGCUGCGGCGGCCGACGCCCGCCGAGUCGGAGCCGGGAUCCAGACCGGGAUCCAGACCGGGAUCCGGAGGUCUGCGGAGCCCUGGAGGGACCACAUCAUCUGUCAGCUCAAGCACCGGGACCGGAACCAGCACGUCAUGUUCCAGGACCUGAUCCGCUUCUACUCUCGGCUGCUAGAAAAAACCAGUCUGACCUCUGGAAUCCUGAACAUCACCACCAGACAUCCGUUGGCUGACAGCAGCUCGCUGACAGGUCUGCUGCAUCAGAACCACCUGCUGAAGAAAACCAGUGGAGAGUUGGCCUAUCAAGUGGUUGAACGCCAGCAGCAGCUGAAAACCAAACAAUGUCUUGUGGACGAGCAAAAUUCCAGGUUGAUGGAGGAGCGGCAGCGGCUGGAGGGAGCGCUUGGUGUGCAGCAGGCGCUGCAGCAGCGGGUGGAGCAGCUGGAGGAGCAGAACGCGGCGCUGAAGGUGGAGUACGACGAAUUGCUGGAGCGUCAGAAGGAAGUGGAGUCCAGGCUGAGGGAGGAGAACCUGCGAGGAGGAACCCUGCUGGAGGACAUGAUCCACCUGAAGAAGGAGGCGGCGGCCCGCAUGAACAUCCACAACGAGCGCCGCUCCAGAGCUCGAGCCGACCUGAGGAAGGAGCUGACCGCAGAAGGGUCAAAGGUCACCGAGGACAGCUCGUCCAGUGCUCCGACUUCGAGAUCGACUUCUCCAAAACCCGAAACGCUGGAAGAACCGAGUGACGGCCGCAGAAUCCGGCUUUUCAGGUCUGCGUCCGUCUCGUCUCCGAGGAUUUUCUCGUCCUUGAAGGAACUUUUCGACAGGAAGAGGCGGGGCCACUCGGUCUGCAGCCGACAUGAGGAUCUUGUGUUUCCUGCCAGGAUCUGUUACUCAGCCAGAGUCCCUGCAAGAGCGCUCCACGUCCUGGAGGCUCAUGAUCAAGGCAUUAACGCAGUGCGCUUCAGCUCCAGCUCCGCCCUGGUGGCCACCGGAGGAACUGACCGGCUCCUCAAGCUGUGGGAGGUUCGAACAGGGUCGCUGACUCACAGAGCGACGCUGGACGGAAGCACAGAGGGAAUCACCUGCAUCGACUUCGACCACACGGGCUCGAGGGUUCUCGCUUCGUCGUACGAUAAGUCGGCGCUGCUGUGGCGACUCGAUGACUCCAUUCCCAAGGUGACUCUCACAGGUCACAGCAGGAAGGUGACGGCGGCCAGGUUCUGCGGUCUCCACCAGGUGGUGACAGGUGGCGCCGACCGGACUGUCCGGCUGUGGGACCUGCACAGAGAAGCCUGUGUGCGGCAGGUGGAAGUGAAGUCGUACUGCAGCGACGUGGUUUCCUCUGACAACUUCAUCAUCAGCGGACACUUCGACUCCAAGAUCCGAAUGUGGGACAGCAGGGCGGCGGGCUGCAUCCAGGAACUUCCUGCUCAGGGAAAAGUCACUUCGCUUGACCUCGGGGUCGACCAGCGCCUCCUGCUGAGCUGCUGCCGCGACGACUGCCUGCAGAUCCAGGACCUGAGGAGGUGGAGCCUGCAGCGGCUCUGCUUCAGAGCUGAGGGCUUCAAAUGUGGCAGUGACAGUACGAAGGCGGUCAUCAGUCCCGAUGGAUGUUACGUGGCGGUCGGGUCAGCAGAUGGCGCCGUCUACGUUUGGGACGUCUCCUCAGGAAACCUGGAGACCCGCCUCUCCGACAAACACAGCUCGUCCAUCAGCGCCCUCUCCUGGUCUCCUUCUGGCGAGUAUGUCGUCAGCGUGGAUAAAAGCCGGCGGGCCGUCCUGUGGAGCGACAUCUGACUGAGCCAAUGGAAAGCAGGUAGUCGUCCUGGAAACGGAUCGCUGGCCACAGCGUUGCCUUGGCGCCACGAACUGACCUGAGAGCUGUAAAAGGGAAGAUCAUUGGUUUGUUUGAGCCUUUCGGCCUGCUGCUCCUGUGAAACGGGAAACCUGAAAGAGUUCCGACUGAGUGACUAAAGGACGACCUUCGACCUUCAGGGACCUUAAAGGGAAGACGAAAACUUUCUUCAAGAGUCUGUAAAGAAGAGGAAAAAUGUUUUAACGUACUGAGUCUGCACUUCCUUCUUUCUUCUUCAUCUUCUGUUCUUGGAGUGGAGGGAAAGUCACUCACUGCGCCACCUGCUGGUGCAAAGUGUUAUGAGGAACUGAGGCGAGCGCCGCUGCCACUUGUUAGCCGAUCGCCGCUGCCUUCUGUUAGCUGAGCGCCGCUGCUUCCUGUUAGCCAACCGCCGCUGCCUUCUGUUAGCCGAGCGCCACUGCCUUCUGUUAGCUGACCGCCACUGCCUUCUGUUAGCUGACCGCCACUGCCUUCUGUUAGCCGAGCACCGCUGUCACCUGUUAGCUGAGCGUGGCUGCCUCCUGUUAGCCGACCACCGCUGCUUCCUGUUGGCCGAGUGCUGCCGCUUCCUCUGUUAGCCGAGCGCCGCUGCCUCCCAUUUGCCGACGACGGCGGCUGGCUCCUGUUAGCCAAGCACUGCUGCCUUCUGUUAGCCAAGCGCUGCUACCUCCCCUAUUAGCCAAGCGCUGUUGCUAGCUGAGCGCCACCGCUCCCCCUAUUAGCCGAGCACUGCUGCUGCCUCUUGUUAACCGAGCACUGCUGCCUCCCUCGUUAGCCGAGCGCCACUGCUUCCUGUUAGCCGAGCACUGCUGCCUCCCUCGUUAGCCGAGCGCCACUGCUUCCUGUUAGCCGAGCACCACUGCUUCCUGUUAGCCGAGCGCUGCUGCCUCCUGUUAGCCGAGCGCCGCUUCCUCCUGUUAGCCGAGCGUUGCUGCCUCCUGUUAGCCAGGCGCUGCUGCCUCCCCCGUUAGCCGCGGUACAUUCCUCAGCUAACGGGGCGAGUUUCAACGGUAUUGUCUUGUUUACAGCCGAAAGUUGCUUCCCGACACUUUAACCGAGGAUCUUGGGGAGUUUGUAUUUAUCGUGUCUGAUGGCACAUCGAUGCGUUUUUUAAAGUUUGGUUGGUGUUUUUUCUGGUGUGAAUGUUCCUGAUGUGAUCUGAAACGAUGCCAGCUUCAUUUUAACGACGUGACGUCGCGGCCGGCUCCGCCUCUGAUUGGCCGACGGUCUUUAAACAACACAAAUGUAAACAAUGAUAUUAAAUAUGUUUGGAGCGAUGAGAACAUGGUCGUCAUGUUGUUAUGCAGAGAAAAACAAGAAGCACAGACUUCACUUUACACUCAAUUUGACCAGUUUUUUUUUUUUUUUAAA